GAUCGGCAGGUCGGCUGAGCCCAGAGGAAUGGCUGCCACAAGACUUCAGCAAAGGAGAGAACCAGCUGGAGCAGAUGCUGUCGGAGCUUCGCAAGCAUCGGAACUGGAUGCCCCGCAACCGUCGGAAGGCGCGGCGGAAACGGAAACGGAGAGCCAGAUGGAGCUUCAAGGUAGCUCAGGCAAUGCCUAAGAUGGGCCGUUGCCAGGGCUUCACUUUGGGGCUCACCACGGACUACAAGUUGGGUGCGCGAGGUGCUCCCGUGGUUUCGAAAGCCACGCGCGCGCAUCCCGCGCUGACGCUUGCCUUGUGUCGCGGAUGUCGUGCUGCGUGUCCGGACUUCCACUUUACGUCCAUACAGGUGAAUUUGAACACCAAGUAUGGUAUGCAUACUGAUGGCUACGAUGCGGGGCCCAGCCGCAUGAUUGCACUGGGAAAUUUCUCGGAGGGACAGCUGUGGUUGCACGACGGUCGGAAGAACCGCUGGAGCACCUGGACAGCGAUUCGAUUCGGCGCCUUAGCGUUUCGGUACUUAGGUUUGGUCAAUGUGCAGAACACCUGGAUUGCUUUCGACGGCCGAGAGUUUCACUUGACAGAGGACUGGCAGGGGCCUGAACGAUACAGCCUGGUCUUCUUCACGAACCAUCUCUGGGAUCAGCUGCCAGCAGAGGCGCAGCGGCAGCUGACCAACCUGGGCUUUCAGUGGCCGAAGGAAGCCAAUGUCUUCCGGCAGGCGGCAACGGGCCGCACUGCGGAGUUGGAGGCGCUGCCAGCUGCUGUGGCCGCUGCGCCGCAGGCUCCUCCGAAGAACCCGCGCGCUCGCGAGGUGCGUCUCGCGAGACACGUGGGGCCCGGGGCUGAAGGCUAUGAACACCUAACUUCUCAGUCGGAAUCAGAAGAUGUCUUGUACGGUGAG